AAUGGAACACCAAAGCUUCGUCUUCUUGGAAAUGAUAUCAGCAAAACUAUACAAGAACAAGAGCUGGACUCGUUCGAUUUCCUCUCACCCUUCACCAAGUGUUCCCUGAUGCAUGUUCUUAUCAGAGACACCACCAACAAGAUCCAAGAGCACUCCCAACUCCUAAAAAUUCUCUGACACCGUUGUCACAGGCCAACUCACUGGUCCACACACAGUUUUCCUCUGGUCCAAGAAAAAAUGUCUUCUUUCCUUGUCCUCCCGUGGCUUUUCACUACUGAGCUGCAAGGCAGAGGAAGCACCUCCAAGCUUUGAUCUUUCUUUAUUGAGCCUUUUCUUGGAGCCUUUCCUCCAUUGUCUUCUUUGAGCUGCUGCAAUGGCCUUGGUUUCACACCCGUUCCUCCACCUCCUCCUCCUCCUCUUCCUCUUCGACUCCUAUCUUCUCCGCCAGAAGCUGGUUCAUGGGAACGAGGAGCUGACGGCUCUCAUGGAGCUGAAGGCUUCCUUGGACCCGGAGAACAGGAUCCUGACCACAUGGGCCGGCGACGGGGAGGCAUGCCGGCGGGGCUUUGAGGGCGUGGCCUGCGACGAGAAGGGGAAGGUGUCCAACAUCUCUCUCCAGGGGAAGGGGCUCUCGGGGUGCAUCUCGCCGGCGGUGGCGCGGCUGAAAAGCCUCACGGGGCUCUACUUCCACUUCAACAACAUCUCCGGGGAGAUCCCGCGAGGGAUUGCCAACCUGACGGAGCUGAGCGAGCUCUACCUCAACGUCAAUAACCUUUCCGGCAGCAUCCCUGAGGAGAUUGGAGACAUGGAUGGCCUUCAAGUCCUCCAGCUUUCCAACAACAAACUGAGCGGAAGCAUUCCUCCAAAGCUGGGGCUUUUGAAGAAGCUCAACAUGCUUGACCUGCAAUCAAAUCACCUAAGUGGGGCAAUACCAGCAACUUUGGGAGAUCUAAUUGGAUUGACAUGGUUGGAUUUGAGCUUCAAUCAGCUGUUUGGUUCAAUCCCAGUCAAGCUAUCUCAGCUUCCUCAGUUGACAGUGUUAUACGUUCAGAACAACUCUCUUUCUGGCAGCAUUCCCCCUGAAUUGAAAAGAUUGGGCGAGAACUUCAAGUACGGGAGUAACACCGAUUUGUGUGGAACUGGGUUCACUGAUCUCAGAAUUUGCACUUCUGCUGAUCUCCUCAAUGCAAGCAGACCUGAACCAUUUAGUGCCGGUCUCACACCUCAGGACAUCCCGCAUUUUGUCAAUAUCUCUUCACAUUGUAACACAACCCACUGCUCCAGCUCUUCCAAGUCUGCCAACUUGGCUGUCUUCAUUACAAUCACUGUAGUUGUUUUUGGAAUUAUGAUCUCUGGACUGAUGGCCUUCGUUUGGUACCGUCGCCGUAAACAAAAGAAUGGUCUUCUUAGCACUGACCUGGCCAAGUUUUCAUAUCAGAGAAGUGCCUCUCCACUUAUUAGCCUCGAGUACUCGAAUCGCUGGGAUCCAAUGACUGAUCAGAGCAGCGGAAUUAGCUUGUCUCAGGAGAUUUCUCAGAACUACAAGUUUAAUUUGGAGGAGGUGGAGUGUGCCACCCAGUACUUUUCGGAGGUUAAUCUGCUCGGGAGAAAGGGCAGUUUUGCCGCUACGUAUAAGGGUAUACUGCGAGAUGGAACCAAAGUUGCCGUAAAAAGAAUCAGCAAGACCAGUUGCAAGUCUGACGAAGUUGAGUUCCUCAAGGGUCUGAAGAUAUUGACAUUACUGAGGCAUGAAAAUCUCAUUCGAUUGAAGGGUUUCUGCUAUUCAAGAGCAAGAGGGGAGUGUUUCCUCAUAUAUGAUUUUGUUGCUAAUGGGAGCUUGUCACAGUAUCUGGAUGUGAAAGGUGAUGAGAUCCAAAAGGUUCUUGAAUGGCCUACAAGAGUUUCUAUCAUCAGAGGCAUUGCAAAAGGUAUCGAAUAUUUACACAGCAAUAGAACAAACAAACCGCCUUUGUUCCACCAGAACUUAUCGGCAACAAAGGUUCUCAUUGACCACCAAUCCAAUCCUCUUCUCUCUGGCUCUGGCAUCCACAAACUAUUGGCUGACGAUGUCGUGUUCUCGACCCUCAAAACAAGUGCUGCCAUGGGCUACCUGGCUCCUGAGUAUGCUACCGUCGGGCGCUUCACAGAGAAGAGUGAUGUCUAUGCCUUUGGGGUCAUCGUGUUCCAGAUCCUUACAGGCAAGACAAGGAUCACUCACUUGGAGUCUGGUAAACUCGAAGACCUCGUCGAUGAGAAUCUACAAGGCAAUUAUCCGAAGCCAGAAGCGGCAAAAUUAGCAGGUGUCGCAUUGCUUUGCACAAGUGAAGUUCCAGAUCAGAGACCAACAAUGGAGGCAGUGCUUCAAGAAUUGAGUAGCAUCAACAGCAACAGCAGCUACUGAUCCAAGAACUAACUGUGUUAAUGUUGCAUCAUUGUAAUGCUGCCAGGAACUUCCAACAGUGUGCAGUAUAGGGUAUCAGUACUGAUAAGGGAAGAGGAAGCAGCUAAUUUGACUAUGUUUCUGUUGUCCAAAGAUUGCAUGUUCAUUUAAUGGACUAAAUUACUGUUCUCUUCUUUGUCAAA